AUGCCGAACACGUGUUGCGUGCCGGGUUGCCGUUCCGGCUACAAGGGCACGACCGAAAUGGUGUCGUUGUUCCGUUUGCCUAUUGACAAGGAGCUGCGCGAGAAAUGGAAGUGGGCCAUACCGCGGCAGGAAGGUGGCGGUUUUAACUUCGAAUGCGCGAAACAUUUCGACGCCUCCGACAUCGUCACUGCGUACAAUUUCAACAUCAACGGCGACGCCGUGUCCCUGGAGCGUGAGCAGCCGACGCUGAAGACUAACGCCAUUCCAAGGAUUUUUGAAGGCCUUCCAGCGUACCUCACGAAGCCCAAACCUAUAUUUGCAUUAUGA